AUGCUGUGCCUGUUCUUCUGCCUGUCUUUCACCAACACCAUCCUGGACUCACUCAAGGACACCCUCGUCAUCACUGCGCCCGGCGGCGGCGCCUCUGUGGUGCCUUUCUUAACGGUGUACGCGGUCCUGCCCAGCUCCCUGCUGUUCCUGGUCGCCUACUCCUGGGCCAGCCAGCGCAUGUCGCGGGCGGCGCUGUUCAACGCCAUUGUCGUCGGCUUUGGCGGGUUCUUUGCGCUGUUCGCGCUCUUCCUGAUGCCCAACGCCGAGUCUCUGCACCUGCACGCACUGGCGGACAGCAUGCAGCAGGUCCUCCCUGCGGGCCUGGGCGGUGCGGUGGGCAUGGUGCGCAACUGGACCUACACCCUCUUCUUCUGCGCCGCGGAGCUGUGGGGCGACGUCUGCAUGGGCCUGCUCUUCUGGGGCCUCGCCAACGACAUCACCUCGCUGCAGGACGCCCCCACCGCGUACCCGCUCCUGGGCCUGGGCGCCAACGUGGCGCAGGCCGCGGCAGGUCUUGUGCUCAAGGCGAUGACUGCCGCGCGCGCGAGCGGCGCCGGCGCGGCCGGCUUUUGCCGCGAGGUGCAGGCCACCAUGGCGGUGGUGCUGGGCAUGGCGGCGGUGGCUCUAGCGGUGCACCGCCACAUCACGGUCACCCUGCCGCCGCCAGAGCACCAGGCGGAGCUGCCACCACCGCCGUUGGGGCACCUUAGCAGCGGCUUCAGCAGCGAGAGCUUUAGCAGCAGCGCCAGCAACAGCGGGAAACGCAGCCAAGGCAGCAAUGGGCACCUUGACCUGGCACUCGAGGCGGGCUGGCAGCACCCGGCACCCGCGCAGGCAGCAGGCGCGUGGCAGCAUACGGCGCGGGACCCUGAGCAGCAGCAGCAGCAGCAGCAGCAGCAGCAGCAGCAGCAGCAGCAGCAGCAGCAGGAAGCUGAGGGGGCAGACGACAGCGGCAAGAAGCGGUACUCGCUGGCGGACACCUUUGCUGUGCUGGCGGGCAGCUUGGAAAUUCGGUGCCUUGCGGUGAUGAGCCUGGCCCAGGGGCUCUGCAGCUCGUUGAUGGAAUUUGUGUGGAAGAGCCACAUGCGCCUGCUGUACCCAUCGCCCUCUGACUUCACGGCCUUUUUGGGCGACGUCGCCACCUGGACCGGCGUCGUCACUAUUGGCCUCAUGAUCGUCAGCCCUGUACUGUUUGACCGCCUCGGCUGGCGUGGCGUCGCCAACGCUACACCUCAAAUCCUGCUGUUUGGCGGCACCUUCUUCUUUGCCGCGGCUGUUGCCUACCAGCACUGGUUUGGCAGCGCAGCAGCCGCUGCAGCAGCGGCUGGCGUGGCUGCGCCGGCGCCCUGGCUGCUGGGAGGGCUAGUCAUCGGGGGCGCGCUGCUGUAUGCAUUCAGCAAGGGCGCCAAGUUCUCCCUGUUCAAGCCGGCCGAGGAGAUGGUGUACAUCACGCUGGACGAGGCAGGCCGCACGCGUGGCAAGGCAGCCAUUGACGUUGUCGGCGCGCAGGUGGGAGGGCAGUGCAUCAGAGGAUCCUGCUGA